AUGCCCUCCAAGUCGCUUCUGGGCUCUAGGAUCCUAAAGCUGUGUCUGGUUUGUCGACAAAACAAGACCAAAUGUGACGCCGCCGCCACAAGACCACACCCUUGCACGUACUGCUCGAAGAAAAACCUCGUCUGCGUCUUUGACGUGACGAAACCUUCCCAACGGUCUUACGACCUUACCGAGAAGUUGGUGGCCGAGGUGCUGGAGUUGCACCUGAAGCUCGAUCACAUUGUCGAGAGCAAAAACCGCUUGGUUCGUCAGAUCUUGAAGAAAGCACCCUCCACUCCAGCCACCCCGCUGGACAUGAUGGGCGUGCUCGUUUCCUCGGACUCAGAGUCUGACACUAACGAACCCACCGGUCCAGCGUACAUCGACCCUAUCCCAACCUUGAGUCUCGCCGACUCCUUCGCCAUCCAUUCCAACCUGGCUGUCGAGCCAUGGACCAUCUCCUACGACAGGGCUUUGUUCCUUCUCCAGAACUUCAAGGACAACUUCCUCCCGUACUUGCCUGUGUUGCCAGAGCUGUUCUUCGAGAACCCAAACUUGCAUGAAAUCCACAAGCAAAGCGACCUUUUGUUCUGGUCCAUAAUGGUCACUUCGCUUCUCAACCAGAACCUGCCCGGUGAGUACCAAACGCUAGCUCGCCACGUGCAAAACUUGGUUGUGGUGAGUUGCUGGUUCAACACACCCCGUUCCUUGUACUGCUUGGUGACUUUGCUCAUCCUUACCACCUGGCCUCUUCCGGACGACCGCUCGCCCAAGGUUCAAAGCAACAUAUCCGUGAAGUACAUCUCCCUCAUGAAGAGCUUGUCGCUUCAGUUCGGUCUUCACAAAUUGGACUUCAUCAGCGAGUUCAGCAAGAAGACCGAUUUGCAAGUCGCUCAGAAGCCCGAUGUCAACGACAAGAUGCGUGAAAGAAUCUAUAAAUUUGUCAACAUCAACUCCAACUACUGGCUAGUUUUCCUUGGCUUGUCCAACUCUAAUUACAACGGUUUCCAUCAAGACUACAUCAUCAACAAGUCGGCUAAUAUCGAUAUUUUCAACAAAGACGCCUUUGAAUCGACUGACAACUUCAUCAACUCGCUUCUCAAGAUCUCCUUGAUUCAACUGAAGAUGAACGAGAGCAUGAACGACGUCGUCGAGAGCUCAAACAAGAUGAGCAAGCUCAUUCACUUGAACAUGUUCGAGCAAAUCCUUAGUGAUUUCAGCAAGAAGAACUCCACGCCAUUGGUGAAAGACGAUUUGAUUGACAUGUCUUUAGAGUUCUCUAAGUUGCAAUUAUACAUUUAUUACUUCUCGCAGGUUGAUAUUAGCCUCGAUGAGUAUAAAAAUGUGAUUUACCGUGCUGUCAACUGUUGCUCUGCCAUCCUUGAUUUGUUUACCAGAUCAUUUGGCACUGUGGAGAAUUUCAAUCAGGUCCCAAUGCAUUACCGUUUCGGUAUUGAAUUGGCUUCCCUUGUUCUCUUAGAUAUCCAUUCCAGUCCGCUUUUGCGUCUGCUUGAUGAUUACACAUUUGUCAAGCUGAUGUUUCUUCAAGCAUACUCAUUCUUGUCCAAGUGCGAUGGUGAUGGAAUGACUUCUACAAACAGACUUCUCAAGAUCAUUCACAAGUUUGAGGAAUGUGACAAAAGAAAACUACUUGCUUUGAGAAGCAAAGAAAAGUCAUUCUUUUUGAUCAACAAGAUGAGUAACUACCUUAUUUCGGGCUUGCAUUACGAACUUAUCUGGCACGUCUACCAGGCUGAAAGGUAUGAUUGUGACGAUAUUGCCCAGAUCGACUGGAGCUUGUUUGGCUUAAACCCAAAAUCCCCGCAGCAUCAAGGAAUCAUAAACUAUGUUUGUGAUUCUUCUUCCAUCUUUGCAUGA